AUGAAACCUUACUUAUUUGACCUAAAGCUAAAAGACACAGAGAAGCUGGAUUGGAAAAAAGGCCUCUCCUCAUAUCUCAAGAAAUCAUACGGCUCCUCACAAUGGAGAACAUUUUAUGAUGAGAAAGCUACUUCAGAACUGGAUCACUUAAGGAAUAAUGCAAAUGGAGAACUAGCACCUUCUUCAUUGUCGGAACAAAAUCUAAAAUAUUACUCAUUUUUGGAGCAUCUUUAUUUUCGCCUGGGUAGCAAAGGAUCAAGAUUAAAAAUGGAUUUCACUUGGUAUGACGCAGAAUACUCAUCGGCCCAGAAAGGAUUGAAAUACACGCAACAUACGUUAGCAUUUGAAAAGUCUUGUACUUUGUUCAACAUUGCUGUAAUCUUUACCCAAAUUGCGAGGGAGAAUAUCAAUGAGGACUACAAAAACUCAAUCGCAAAUUUGACAAAAGCUUUUUCCUGUUUUGAAUAUCUAUCAGAAAAUUUUUUGAACUCACCUUCAGUCGAUCUUCAGUCAGAAAACACUAGGUUUCUGGCUAAUAUUUGCCAUGCAGAAGCUCAAGAAUUGUUUGUCUUGAAAUUAUUAAAUGAUCAAAUAUCAUCCAAGCAAUAUACAUUAAUCAGUAAACUUUCUAGAGCCACGUGUAACCUCUUUCAGAAAUGUCACGAUUUUAUGAAAGAAAUAGAUGACGAUGUGGCCAUUUAUGGUGAACCCAAAUGGAAAACGACAGUUACUUGCAAACUGCAUUUCUACAAAUCGUUAAGCGCUUAUUAUCACGGUUUACACCUUGAAGAAGAAAAUAGAGUUGGCGAAGCAAUUGCUUUUCUCGAUUUUUCUAUGCAACAAUUGAUUUCAUCCCUUCCAUUCAAAACGUGGUUAGUGGAAUUUAUAGACUUUGAUGGGUUUAAAGAAACUUUAGAAAAGAAACAAAAGGAGUUGAUUAAAGAUAACGAUUUUAUAUAUCAUGAAAGCGUUCCAGCCGUUGUGCAGGUUGAUUCCAUUAAGGCGCUCGAUGCAAUAAAAUCUCCAACAUGGGAGAAGAUAUUAGAACCAUAUAUGCAAGAUGUUGCAAAUAAAUGUGACUCUUUGUACAGAGGAAUUAUUCCCCUAGAUGUCUAUGAAAAGGAAAGUAUUUACUCAGAAGAAAAAGCGACGCUGUUGAGAAAGCAAGUUGAAGAAACUGAGACAGCAAAUUUGGAAUAUUCUUCCUUCAUCGAAUUUACAAAUCUACCCAGGCUCUUGAGUGAUUUGGAAAAACAAUUUAGUGACGGAAAUAUUUUCUCGAAUACGGAUACACAGGGACAAUUGAUGAGGGACCAAAUUCAGACAUGGUGUAAAUUUAUCCAAACAAAUGAAUUUAGGGAUAUAGAAGAACAGAUGAACAAAAUUGUUUUCAAAAGGAAACAAAUUUUAGAAAUCCUUUCUGCCUUACCCAAUGAUCAAAAAGAAAAUGUUACAAAACUAAAAUCUUCUUUAGUAGCUGCUUCAAACUCAGACGAAAAAUUGUUCGCAUGCGUAAAACCACAUAUUGUCGAGAUCAAUCUAUUGAAUGACAAUGGAAAAAUAUGGAAGAAGUUUGACGAAUUUAAUCGCAAUACGCCUCCACAACCUAGCCUAUUGGAUAUCGAUGAUACCAAAAACGACAAGAUAUUAGAGUUGUUAAAACAAGUAAAGGGCCAUGCGGAAGACUUAAGAACAUUGAAAGAGGAACGUUCGAGAAAUUUGUCUGAACUAAGAGACGAAAUCAACAACGAUGAUAUCACAAAAUUAUUAAUUAUUAAUAAGGGGAAAUCCGAUGUUGAGCUCAAAGAUUUAUUCGAGGUGGAACUGGAGAAAUUCGAGCCUUUGAGCACAAGAAUAGAGGCGACAAUUUACAAACAAUCUUCAAUGAUAGAUGACAUCAAAGCCAAGCUAGAUGAAAUUUUUCACCUUUCAAAUUUCAAGGAUAAAUCUUCUGGGGAAGAAAAAUUUUUAGAAGAUCGUAAGAAUUUUUUUGAUAAGCUGCAAGAAGCAGUGAAAUCAUUCAGUAUUUUUGCAUCCGACUUGCCAAAAGGAAUAGAGUUCUAUGAUUCAUUAUUCAAUAUGAGUAGAGACUUAGCAGAAAGAGUGAGAGUUGCAAAGCAGACCGAGGAUUCAACAGCUAAUUCUCCCGCUCCUCCCCUCCCUCCACUUGAUUCUAAAGCGUCUGUCGUUGGGGGUCCUCCAUUACUGCCCCAAAAAAGUGCAGCCUUUCAGUCAUUAUCUAGACAAGGGCUCAAUUUAGGGGACCAAUUUCAAAAUCUCAAAAUAAGUGCCGGCAGUGAUUUACCUCAAGGACCCGGUAUUCCACCAAGAACUUAUGAAGCUUCGCCAUAUGCUGCAACGCCUACUAUGGCAGCCCCACCAGUACCACCGAAACAAUCGCAAGAGGAUAUGUACGACUUGAGAAGACGUAAAGCAGUUGAAAACGAAGAACGUGAACUGCAAGAGAAUCCUACGUCCUUUUACAAUAGACCCUCUGUUUUUGAUGAAAAUAUGUACUCCAAAUACAGCAGUUAG